AGGGGCCGUUCUGCUGCGGCAGCAAAUACUUAACCGCGGGAGGGGGCGGGCGCUUUCCAAGAACCACUGCGCGCCAGCCGCUUGGCGCUGUCACCGUGGGCUCGCGGCCGGGGCGGGCUGCAACGCCGCCCGCUCUGGCCCGGACUUCAGGUCUCCACCCGCGCUGGGGGCCACCCCGUAGAGCCCUCCAGUCUUUGGCACCUCGACCGGCCAUGCCAGGCGGGAUAGAUCCCCCGGCCGGAGCCUGGCCCCUGCUCACCAGUGGUCCCAGAGCCAUCGACAGGGCCUGCGCCGAACCAGACCCUGGGGGUUCCAACCCCGGUGGACCCUCGCCUUGUACGCUGGUCCUCUGCGCCGCCCACGCCGCCACUCACUGCCACGUCCCUCACUCGUCCCCUCCCUCUGUCUGGGACGCGUCCUUGGCUGCUCAUUCAGACAGCCAGGAUGGAGACUAUGCUCCAGAUGCGGGGAUUCCACUUGGGUGCUGGAGGCUGGGGUGGGUUUCCAUUCGGGGUCACUCAGCCCCAAACACCCUAAGAGCCGGUCGAGGCCCGUGUACCUUCGCUCCUCACGGCGAGUGACCCCGCCUGCCAGGCUCUUGUGUGCCGCAGCCCGAGGCUCCCGGGCCGGAAGCCGGGGCCGCAGCAGCCAGAUGGUCCCCGUCAGCCCCCCCCCCCCCGCCCCGCGGCUGUAACCCGAGCCGCUGGUCCCGCGCCGCCAAGAACUGAUCCCAGCGUGUCCGCCAUGCGCCGCGGGGCCUGUGUCCCCCCGGGGCCGUCCCGGGCUGUCGCUGUCCGGGGCUGCCCGCUCCGGGCUGCACUAGGCGCGCUGUGCCUGCUGCCCGCGCUCGCGGUGCUGUCGUGGCGGGGGGCGCCGGGCGGGGGCGCAGGCGCCUCGCAGGUGAGCGGGCGCGGGGUCUGUGCAGUCGGGUUGGUUAGAGGCGCGGGCUCAGCACCGCUGUCUCGCUCUCCGGCGCCGGGGGUGACAGGGACGGCGAGGGCAGGAACCAGGGCGCUCGGCUCGCCGCUCCUCUGCCCGGGUUCGGGCGCCGGCCCUGCUGCUCUGACGCUGCUUUCUUCCCGCGAAGAGCGACGUCCAGGGAUGGGACGCCCCUGGGGUCUCCGCCAGCCGGGGACCCAGCCCGCCGUCCCCCCUCUCGCCCCGAAGACGCCGCUACACGCUGACGCCCAGCAGGCUGCGCUGGGACCACUUCAACCUCACGUACAGGUGCGCGCCGGUCCGGGGUGGGGUCCUGCGCGCCGGCGCCCCCUGACUCUGCGCCUCCCCAGGAUCCUCUCCUUCCCCCGGAACCUGCUGAACCAGCGAGACACCCGCCGGGGCCUGGCCGCCGCCUUCCGCAUGUGGAGCGACGUGUCGCCCUUCAGUUUCCGCGAGGUGGCCCCCGAGCAGCCCAGCGACCUCCGCAUAGGCUUCUACCCGGCCAACCACACGGAUUGCCUGGUCUCAGCCCUGCACCACUGCUUCGACGGCCCUACGGGCGAGCUGGCCCACGCCUUCUUCCCGCCCCACGGCGGCAUCCACUUUGACGACAGCGAGUACUGGGUGCUGGGCCCGACGCGCUAUAGCUGGAAGAAAGGAGUGUGGCUCACAGACCUGGUGCACGUGGCGGCCCACGAGAUCGGCCACGCGCUCGGCCUGAUGCACUCGCAGCACGGGCAGGCGCUCAUGCACCUCAACGCCACGCUGCGCGGCUGGAAGGUGCUGUCGCAGGACGAGAUGUGGGGGCUGCAUCGGCUCUACGGCUGCCUGGACAGGCUGCUCGCGUGCGCGCCCUGGGCCCGCAGGGGCUUUUGUGACAGCCGCCGGAGGCUUAUGAAGAGGCUGUGCCCCAGCAGCUGCGACUUCUGCUACGAGUUCCCCUUUCCUACGGCGGCCGCCACCGCGCCCCCUCCCAGGACCAAGACCAGGCUGGUGUCGGAGGGCAGGAACGUGACCUUCCGCUGCGGGCAGAAGAUCCGCCACAAGCAGGGCAAAGUCUGGUACAAGGACCAGGAGCCCCUGGAGUUCUCCUACCCCGGCUACCUGGCCCUGGGCAAGGCGCACCUGAGCAUCAUCGCCAACGCCAUCAACGAGGGCACCUACACGUGCGUGGUGCGCCGGCGCCAGCGCGUGCUCACCACCUACUCCUGGCGCGUGCGCGUGCGCAGCUGAGCCGGCGAGGCCGCAGAUAAAUCACUACCGCCCCCA